CAGGGGCGGAUCUGUUGUGCGGGAGACGGGGCCGCGAGCCACCUCCAAAUCCUGGAAGCUUUCGCUUCCUGCAGUUGAGAUUUGGACGCCCUCCGCUAAUCGCAGCACUGAAAGAUGUGCUUCGUUUUCGGUUACCCACGACUGAAAUGUGGCGAACGGACGACGUUUUCUUCUUUUUUCUUUGGAAGAAUUUAUGCUAGCGAUGACGCAACCGGUCAGCUUCGGGCACAUAUAGAAAAACCCCAAGGGAGUGGUCGCUAAAUCCAUUUUGUAGCCGCGAUGUUCGCCGCUCGCCUCUUUCCAAUAGAAAUACUUUCUUUCCCAGCCUGCACUGCGCCCAAGAGGCGGCAACGAGGACUAAGCGGAUUCUUGAGCUUCAAAAUAAAAGUUUGAGUUCUGUUGUCGAUGAUGAUGUUGGUGGUCUUAUUUGGAAGGGCCGCGCCGGAUGCGCUGGCAUUAAUCUUCCCGUCUUUCGUGGUCGGCGGUCUCGCUGAGCUGCGUCCAAUCUAGAUCGCCUUCCUUCGGCUUUUGACUGUGAUUCCGGACCGAGGUACUGCUGCGGGCAUCCGCCGCGGACGGGCGGACGCUUUUCCUCGGUGACAGCACGGUGCUGCUGUAAUCUCGCUUCGGACUCCAACCAGACCCGAACCGCCCGAAGAACAUGAGGAUGACGAUGACGUCAGAGGCCACAGGGCAGCAGUCUUGACAGGAAGCUUGAGCGGCGGCGGAGUCAUGGCGGGACUGGCGCCGAGAACCCGGCGCGCCUCCCGCCCGUGAGUCUUUACAGCUGUGAGGCGGGCGAGAUGGCGGACAAGACGGCGCCGCGCUGCCAGCUGAGGCUGGAGUGGGUCCACGGCUACCGCGGCCACCAGUGCCGCAACAACCUGUUCUACACGGCGGGGAAAGAGCUGGUCUACUUUGUGGCCGGGGUGGGCGUGGUCUACAACGCCCGGGAGCACACUCAGAAGUUCUACCUGGGACACAACGAUGACAUCAUCAGCCUGGCGCUGCAUCCCGACAAAGUGCAGGUGGCGACCGGCCAAGUGGGCAAGGACCCGUACGUGUGCGUGUGGGACACGUACUCCAUGCAGACCGUCUCCAUCCUGCGCGACGCGCACACGCACGGCGUGGCGUGCUUGGCUUUCGACGCCGAGGGACAGCGACUGACCUCGGUGGGUCUGGACGCCAAGAACACGGUGUGCGUGUGGGACUGGAGGAGAGGACGCGUCCUGGCCUCGGCGACCGGACACUCGGACAGAAUCUUCGACGUGGCUUGGGAUCCGCAGCUUUCGACGCGAUUAAUCAGCUGCGGCGUCAAACACAUCAAGUUCUGGACUCUGUGCGGCAAUGCCCUGACCCCCAAACGCGGAAUCUUCGGGAAGACGGGCGACCUCCAGACAAUUUUGUGCGUGGCCGCCGCCAAGGAGCAGACCACCUACUCUGGAGCGCUCAACGGAGACGUGUACGUGUGGAGAGGAGUCGCGCUCGUCAGGACGGUGCAGGCGGCGCACGGGGCGGGAAUCUUCAGCAUGCACGCCAGCGAAGAAGGCUUCGCCACCGGCGGACGCGACGGUUGCGUGCGGCUUUGGGACGUCGACUUCAAGCCCAUCACCAAGAUCGACUUGCGGGAAGCUGAGCAAGGAUACAAAGGUCUGUCCAUUCGCAGCGUCUGCUGGAAGGCGGACCGGAUUCUGGCCGGGACGCAGGACAGCGAGAUCUUCGAGGUCAUGGUCCGGGACAGAGACAAACCGCUGCUGCUGAUGCAGGGGCACAGCGAGGGCGAGCUGUGGGCACUCGACCUCCAUCCCAAACAACCGGUCGCCGUCACCGGAAGCGACGACCGUUCUGUAAGGCUGUGGAGCCUUCCUGACCACACCCUGCUGGCCCGCUGUAACAUGGAGGAACCGGUGCGCAGCGUUUCCUUCAACAACGACGGAUCUCAGCUGGCUCUCGGCAUGAAGGACGGAUCCUUCACCGUCCUGCGAGUCAGGGACAUGACGGAGGUGGUGCACAUCAAGGACCGGAAGGAGGUGAUCCACGAGCUCAAGUUCUCCCCGGAUGGCUCCUUCUUGGCGGUGGGCUCCAACGACGGCGUGGUGGACAUCUACGCCGUGGCGCAGCGCUUUAAAAAAGUUGGCGAGUGCACCCGCUCCGCCUCCUUCAUCACCCACCUGGACUGGUCCGUAGACUCUCGUUUCCUGCAAACUAACGACGGUGCGGCAGAGCGCCUCUUUUACCGAAUGCCAGCAGGUAAACCGGUGUCCAAGGAGGAGACGAAGGGGGUCCACUGGAUGACGUGGACCGGCGUGCUGGGCCCGGAAGUCAACAGCAUCUGGCCCAAAUACUCCAACGUGACCAAUGUGAACUCCGUUGACGCCAACUACAGCAGCGCCGUGCUGGCCACCGGCGACGACCUCGGCCUCGUCAAACUCUUCCGCUUCCCGUGCCUCAAGAAAGGCGCCAAAUUCAAGAAGUACAUCGGACAUUCUGCCCACGUCACCGACGUCCGCUGGUCCAGCGACCUCCAGUGGUUGGUCAGUACCGGGGGUGCGGACCACGCUGUCUUCCAGUGGCGCUUCUUGCCCGACGGCGUCAUGAACGGGGUCCUGGAGCCCCUCCUCCAAGAAGGCUACGCGGACUCGAACAGCGGCGACUCCGACUCAGACGUAUCCGAUGUCCCCGAGAUCGACUCGGACAUCGAACAGGAAUCUCAGCACAACUACGAACGUCAGGUUUACAAGGACGACCUGCCGCAGCUACGGAGGAAGCUGAUUGGUUCCCUGAAGAGGCAGAAAGCUCCUGAGGAGGGGCUUCGUCUGCAGUUUGUUCACGGGUACCGAGGCUUCGACUGCCGUAACAACCUGUUCUACAGUCAGACGGGCGAGGUGGUCUACCACGUGGCCGCUGUGGCGGUGGUCUACAACCGGCUGCAGCACACUCAGAGGUUCUACCAGGGUCACGACGACGACAUCCUCAGCCUCACCGUGCACCCCCUCAAAGACUACGCCGCCACCGCGCAGGUGGGUCGAGACCCAGCCGUCCACGUGUGGGAGAUCCUGACUCUGAAAUGUCUGUCGCUGCUCCGAGGUCACCACAGCACCGGCGUGUGUGCGCUGGACUUCACAGCUGACGGGAAGAGUUUGGUGUCAAUCGGAAUGGACGACUUCCACUCGGUGGUCAUCUGGGACUGGAAGAAAGGCGAGCGACUGGCCAAAAGCAGGGGUCACAAGGACAAAGUGUUUGUGGUGAAGAGUAAUCCCUUCCGGAUGGACAAGCUGGUCACGCUGGGGAUGAAACACAUCAAGUUCUGGCAACACACAGGUGGCGGUCUGACGUUCAAACGUGGAAUCUUCGGGAACCAGGGCAAGCAGGAGACCAUGAUGUCGGCGUGUUACGGCCGCUCCGAGGACUCGGUGUUCUCCGGGGCCACCAACGGAGACGUUUACGUUUGGAGAGAAACCACGCUCGUCAAGACCGUCAAGGCCCACGACGGGCCCGUGUUCGCCAUGUGCUCGCUGGACAAGGGUUUCGUGACGGGCGGAAAGGACGGCGUGGUGGAACUCUGGGACGACGCCUUCGAAAGAUGUCUGAAGACCUACGCCAUCAAGAGGGCGCUUCUGUCCCCCUCGUCCAAAGGGCUGCUGCUGGAAGACAACCCGUCCGUUCGAGCCAUCGCGCUGGGACACGGGCAUAUUCUCGUAGGCACCAAGAACGGAGAAAUUCUGGAGAUUGACAAGAGCGGACCCAUGACGCUGCUGGUCCAGGGUCACAUGGAGGGCGAGGUUUGGGGUUUGGCCACCCACCCUCUGCUUCCCGUCUGCGCCACCGUGGGCGACGACAAAACUCUGAGAAUGUGGGAACUGUCGGCCAAUCACAGGAUGGUCGCCGUGCGCAAGCUGAAGAAAGGCGGGCGGUGUUGCGCCUUCUCUCCCGACGGCAAAGCUCUGGCGGUGGGUCUGAACGACGGAAGCUUCCUGGUGGUCAACGCCGACACCCUGGAGGACAUGGUGACCUUCCACCACCGCAGGGAGCUCAUCUCCGACAUCCGCUUCUCCCAAGACGCGGGGAAGUACCUGGCCGUGGCUUCCCACGAUUCCUUCGUGGACAUCUACAACGUGCUGACCAGCAAGAGAGUGGGCAUCUGUAAAGGAGCCGCAAGCUUCAUCACUCACGUGGACUGGGACUCCAGAGGAAAACUUCUGCAAGUCAACACGGGAAGCAAAGAGCAACUUUUCUUUGAGGCUCCUCGAGGACGCAAGCACAACAUCUGCGGGACCGAGUUGGACAAGCUGGACUGGGCUACCUGGACUUCAGUUCUGGGUCCGAGCUGCGAGGGAAUAUGGCCGACGUUCGGCUUUGUCAACACGGCGUCGCUCAGCAAAGACGGAAAACUGCUGGCCAGCGGGGACGACUUCGGCUUCCUGAAACUCUUCAGCUUCCCGUGCAGGGGUCAGUUCGCCAAGUUUAAGAAGUAUGUGGGUCACAGCAUCAAUGUGACCAACGUCCGCUGGUCCAAUGACGACGCGCUGCUGCUGUCGGUGGGCGGGGCCGACACGGCGCUCAUGAUUUGGACAAGGGAGCCUCCGGGUCACAAUGAGAACAAAGUCGUCGACAGCGAAGAGUCCGACGACGACACCGAGGAAGACGGAGGCUAUGACAGCGAUGUGGCUCGGGAGAAGGCCGUGGACUACGUGACCAAGGUCUACUCGGCCAGCAUCAGGAAGAUGACGGGAACCAAACCUCACCUGCAGCACAAGGAACUUCCUGUGGAAGAGAGACCUCCGGUGAGUCGGGCAACUCCGCUGCCUGACAAGCUCGUGAGGAACAACGUGUCCAGGAAGAAGAAGGCAGUGGAGGACUUGCAGCUCGACCACGUGUUCGGGUACAGAGGAUUGGACUGCCGUAACAACCUUCACUACCUUAACGACGGCGCCGACAUCAUCUUCCACACUGCGGCCGCAGCCAUCAUACAGAACCUGUCCUCCGGAACUCAGAGUUUCUAUCUGGAGCACACAGACGACAUUCUUUGUCUCACUGUCAACCAGCACCCCAAAUACCAAAACGUCAUCGCCACGGGACAGAUCGGUGACAUCACAGAAGUCCCAGGUUUUGCUCCAUGCAUCCACGUGUGGGACGCCAUGACCAAGCAGACCUUGUCCAUCCUACGCUGCUCCCACGCUAAAGGCGUCGGCUAUGUCAACUUCAGCGCGACGGGGAAGCUGCUUCUGUCUGUUGGGGUGGAGCCCGAACACGUCAUCACCGUGUGGCGGUGGCAGGAAGGGACCAGGAUCACGAGUAAAGGGGGCCACCCGGAGCGGAUCUUCGUGGUGGAGUUCCGACCGGACUCGGACAGCCAGUUUGUGUCGGUGGGCAUCAAACACAUCAAGUUCUGGACUCUGGCGGGCGGCUCGCUCUUGCACAAAAAAGGCGUCGUCGGCGCCGUGGAGGACGGACGCAUGCAGACCAUGUUGGCGGUGGCCUUUGGAGCUAACAACCUGACCUUCACCGGCGCCAUCAACGGCGACGUGUACGUGUGGAGGGAGCACUUCCUGGUCCGAGUGGUGGCCAAGGCGCACAUCGGUCCGGUCUUCACCAUGUACACCACGUUGAGGGACGGACUCAUCGUCACGGGUGGAAAAGAACGUCCGACCAAGGAAGGCGGCGCCGUCAAACUUUGGGACCAGGAGAUGAAGCGAUGCCGAGCCUUUCAGCUGGAAACCGGUCAACCGGUGGAGAACGUCCGAUCCGUCUGCAGAGGGAAGGGCAAGAUCCUGGUGGGAACCAAAGACGGCGAGAUCAUCGAAGUCGGAGAGAAGAACGCGGCGUCCAACACCAUGAUCAACGGACAUACCCGGGGCGGGAUCUGGGGACUCGACGCUCAUCCUUUCAAAGACGUCUUCAUCUCGGCCAGCGAUGACGGAACCGUACGCAUUUGGGACCUGGCUGAUAAGAAACUCCUGAACAAAGUGAAUCUGGGCCAUCCCGCUAAGUGCACGUCGUACAGUCCCAACGGCGAGAUGGUUUCCAUCGGCAUGGAGAACGGAGAGUUCAUCAUACUGCUGGUCAACUCGCUCACCGUGUGGGGCAAGAAGCGAGACCGCAGCGUCGCCAUCCAGGACGUACGCUUCAGUCCAGACAACCGCUACAUCGCGGUGGGUUGUGUCGAGAGCACCGUGGACUUCUACGACCUUUCGCUGGGCUCAUCCCUCAACCGGAUCGGUUACUGCAAGGACAUCCCGGGGUGCGUCAUCCAGAUGGACUUCUCUGCGGACAGCAAGCACAUUCAGGUGUCCACAAGUACCUACGCUCGGCAGGUGCAUGAAGUUCCUUCGGGGAAGAUCGUCACGGAACCAUCCCUGGUUGAGAGGAUCACCUGGGCUACGUGGACCAGCAUCCUCGGCGACGAGGUCCUGGGGAUUUGGCCUCGUAGCGCCGACAAGGCGGACGUGAACUGUGCGUGCGUGUCCCACGCCGGCCUCAAUUUGGUUACCGGCGACGACUUUGGCCUCAUCAAGCUCUUCGACUUCCCGUGCUCGGAGAAAUUUGCCAAGCACAAGCGCUACUUCGGCCACUCUGCUCACGUGACCAACGCUCGCUUCUCCUGCGACGACAAGUUUGUCAUCAGCGCCGGCGGCAGCGAUUGCAGUUUGUUUGUGUGGAAAUGUCAAUAAUUGCCAGCAUGCUCCAGCGCGGCAGAGACCCGGCGUCCUGUGACACCCUCGCAUGUUCCAAGCGCGUUUCCUGUGCGAGGAUGUGCCUUUCCACUGCGACCUAACGGGAUUUGUCUUUGGGGCGCAGUGCUACUACGUCACAGCAGGAAGUUGAACACUGUGGCUCCGCUUGUCUACCUCACCACGGCGUUCACUCGCUGAAGGUUACCAUAGCAACACUCGCUGGGCUUUUAUACACUUGAAGGAAACGUUGACUGAUGAGUCUAUAAAAUGGGAAAAGAUGCUAGAAUACAGUGAACUCCCAUUUAUUGUGUGGGAUACAUUCCAGAUGUGCUCGCGAUACAGAGAGGCCGUAUCAAUUAUUAUUUAUUUUUUUAAUACAGCGGUGUCUUGAGUUGUGAAUGACCUGACUUAUGAGUUUUUCAAGUUAAGAGCUGUCAUUCGGCCGAUUUUUGGAACGCUGUAGGGUGGCAGUGAACUCGACUCAACUCGCCUCACAACAGGCAACAAUUGGGGAAAUAAUGAACAAUUCUUCAAAAAACAGCCUUCAAGCUGUUUAUUGCCAGUCCCGGCUGAAGUUUACUCAAAUACAGAAGACAAAAGUGAAUUACACUUUGUGUAUUUAAAACAAGCAUAGUUUGCUAGCUUAAGGCUAACGCUAAUUAGCGUAUAUGUUUUAAGCCCUCAAGCAACAGAUUGAUGAGAAACGGUUCAGCAACAACAUGUAGUAGGGCUCCUUCGGUCGUUUGUCGAUCAUGGCUAUCGCGACCUCGGAGUUUGGGGCGAUGCGGCUAGAGCCGGUUCGACCAACGCGCGAGUGGCCGUCUCUGGUGCACAAAGUGUAGAUGUAGUGGGUCGUUGAGGAGUGCCCGUGUGCGCGAAUCUUGCGUCUGGCUCUUGUCCUUUUUUUUGCUAGGUUCAGUAUCUUCUCCUCGCCUGCCUUCUGCUGUUUCUUGAGCAAGCAGUGCCACCUGCUGCGCUUUGCUGCAGUGUCCGCCCAAAUCUCUGUUUUGCUAUCAAGGGCUUUCAUGUCAUGCUUGCAGACAUCCGUAUAACGCAGCUGCGAGCGGCCUCGGGGUCUUUUGCCGGAUGCGAGUUGACCAUAGAAGAGAUUAUACAGUACAAGACAAUAUAACUCAAAUUAAUAUAUUCUUUAUCCUCUGCGUAGAACGACUAAUAUUACUGCCGUAGUCAUGAGCUGAGGCAUUAUUAUGAAUAAAGUAUAUUAUUAUGGAGCGCACAUUCAACACAUUUCAAGUUAGUAAAAGACCCGAAGUAUUAAAGCAUUCCAUAACACCUGUUCUCACGUCUCACUGUCAAGAAAUAGGAGACUAUUGCAUAACAUCACUUGAGGAAAUAAAAGACUCUCUGGCUCGCAAAGUUCUCUAAAUGUUUCCCUCCCAGUUGACGUUUACUGUGAAAAUGACUCAGAAAAGAAGACUAUUAAACAUUGUAUAUUUAAACACCACAAAACAAACAAACAAAACGACCGUAUCAUUUCGGCAAAAAAAAAAAAAAAAAAGGCAACGAGCUUAAUGCUAACAUACAAUGCAAUAGGCCACAGAAGGGCUAGUGUAAAUUAGCAUAGAACAGCGGUUUUCCAACUUUUGACAAUAAAAUAAAAUUUAAAAAAAUAAAUGAAGGUAUAUUGUAUCUGGAGCCUCAAAAGCCAGUCGGCUACAGGGCGGCAGUUUUUCCAUUGCAGCGCGUUGAUAGAUGUGCGGCAUUUGUCGCUUGAUGCGCGGCAAAGAGUCAGCAACUAAUUUUUUCGCGAUGGUCCGCUUCAGUCUCAUUCGGCCACGUCGUUGGCUUAAAAAUCGUCGACGUAACGGUGGCGCAAACAAUACACUGCCACAUAGCGGGGGUUCACUGUAGAUGUGUUGUGCUACACUAAUGGCAGCAUUGUGUGUUUGUGUAUUGGAAACUUUUUUUUUAUUUUUUAUUUUUUAAAACAACAAUUAAAAAAGCCAGGACACUAACUAUGUUUAGCCAAAUGGCUAGCUUACGUGGUUUAUUUAUUUGGUAUGCUAGUUGCAUGUUUCAUUCAGAUUAGCGUUUAGCAAGACAAGCUAACAAACAGCUCGUGAACAGUAUGUCAAACACUGGAAUAACUAGCGUCGCUGAUGCUAACGGUAUUGACUUGAUUCCCUUUUAGCUUAGCACAAAUGUAUGUGAUUAGCAUGUAUAUUUAGUGGUAGUGUUUAUUUAUAGUCGGUGCUAACUUGACAUUCAGGCAUAUUUUAUACAUUGUCGCUGUUUGACAAACAAAUGCUACUCACAAUCAGUCCCUCCGCUUAGCCGAGCUUGGCAUCGAAGAAAGACGACCUGUGUCAGCCAGGCUAAUGUAGCUAAAUAAGAGAUGCUGUCAUUUCUCUUCCUGUUUGUGAUUUUCUCAUAGUUAGUAUUUCAUGUUGACAAAGUUUACAAAGUGUGCAGAAAUCAUGUAUGAUUAGGAAUUAUUUCACAAUAAAAGUACAUGUGAAAAUAAA